AUGCUUAACGAACUCAAAUCAGAGAUCUGCACUGUGCAUAAGAAAUUGUCGGAUAAUGGCAAUUUCUCUGCUGCCAACCCCACUCUCACUGCUGCAACUGCUGUUCUUACAAGUGACUCUACAAUCGCUGCUCCGUCUAAUACCGCUGUUCCCGCUGAUAACGUGUGUGAGAAUUAUCUCGCUCUCGCUACACUGAAGGCACUCUCUGCAGCUUCAACUACUGCUAACUCUAUCUCUACUUCUACGACUAUUGCGGGUACAAAUGCUCCGUCGCCGAAAGUUGUUGUUUCUGCUCCCACCGAUAGUGUGGGUAUGGAUCAUCUUGCUCCCGCUACUUCGAAAGCACUCUCGGCUGCUCCGUCUGCUGCUUGCUCCACUCGCUCUAUUGCUGCUGAUAAUAAUAAUGCCAAUACAUAUGCUGACGCUGUUGCUAGGAAUAUCAACGCUCACUCGAAAACCAAUAACAAUCCAACAGUUGCUGCUAAACCAGUUCGCCAACCUGUCGCUGUCAAUGCUGCUCACUCUGUCGCCGUUGAUGAUUCUGUUAACAACGCUUCUACUUCAAUCAGUGCUAACAGAAACUUGAAGUUAAAAGUGAGUACUAGGAACAAAAAAUCCCCAGCCUGCUUCAACUGUUGUUGGUGUUAA